CGCCUGCGCAUGCGCGGGGGCAUCGCACCGGGCCAACGUGAAGACCGCUCGUUACUUUUCAAGAAGCGGUAGAAGUUUCCAUGGACUGUUUUCAUGGACUAACCUUAUUGGCCUUUCCUUCCUCCGUCCCCCGGCCGGCGUCGUAUCCAUGACCACCGGGCCACCAUGUACGAGCCCCAGCAGUACGACAGCCCACCGGUGUACAGCCCCCCGUACAGCGCCUCCCUCAGCCUCUACCCCCCUCGGAGCGUCCAUUCCCCCCGCAGCGGGCAUGCCCCGCACCCCUCCCAGGGGCGGCCCCGGGGCCCGCAGCCGCCCCCCGGCUCCUACUACAUGGACGAGCAGGGCGGGGACCCCCGGCCCCAGGACUUCCACCGCUGGUUCUCCCCGCCCGGCUUCGUCAAGACCUUCCAGGCCGCCACGGUGAUCAUGUGCUUCGUGAUCUUCGCCUGCGUGGCGUCCACCCUGGUGUGGGACAUGCAGGGCCUGGGCUACGGCGGCGGCGGCGGCUACGGCGCGGGGAUGGGAGGGGGCGGGGCGGCGAGCGGCGUGGGCUCUGGGUACUACGGCGGCAGCUACGGCUACGCCAAUAACUACAUGACGCCGUACUCGGCCAAGUCGGCCAUGAUCUCCAUGGCAGCCAUCAACUUCCUGGUGGCCCUGGGCUUCCUGGUGGGCAGCUUCUCGCGGUCGCGCGCCACGCGGGGCCGCGGGUUCUACCUGGCCGUGUUCAUCUGCGACAUCAUCCUGGCCGUGCUACAGGGCAUCAUGGACAUCAUCUUCGUGAUCGGGGUGAACCCCAUGUCCCAGAGCUCCCAGAGCAUGCUGUACAACCCCAUGCUGAUGAUGUGUCAGAACAUCAAGGGGAGCCCCAGCAUCAGCGCCGCCGCGGGCUCGGGCUACCCAGGAGGUUUCUCCCUGUACAACCAGUACCUGCACCACUACUGCUACAUGGACCCUGAGGAGGCGGUCGCCCUGGUACUUGGUCUGAUGGUCGUGGUGGCCCUGUCUCUGGCUGCGUACUACGCCUACAAGACCCGCAGUAAGAUCUGGCGCCAUGGCAAGCCCAACAUCACCUGGGACCCCCCGCUGGUCGCCCUCCAUCCGCAGGACGUCCAGGACUGGGUGAACCAUGUGGGAGAGGGGCGGAGCACCCAGCAGGCCCCGACCGUCGUCCUAUCAGAGAGAGCCGCGCCGGACCUCCGGGCUGGGAACGUCUCCGUCGCCCACGGCAACGCGGCACUCGGCGUCUACAGCGAAGCGGGUGCUUACGUCAGCGGCAACAACACCAACAGCCGGGUCCCUGAGCCCCUGUACCAGAACGUGGGGGUCCCGGCCAGCUCCCACGGCUCGGAGGAGGAGGAGGAGGAGGCCAACAGCAUCAGGAAGCCCCCCCAGUAUGAGGAGAGGGACCGGGGCCCCGAGCGGAGCGGGAGCCCCCCUGCCCGGGACGUGGCCCCGUCCCAGUAUGAGAGCGGCUACACGACCGGUGGGGAGACUGGGCACGAGCUGGACCAGUAUCUGAGAGAUCACCUCUACAGGUUGUACCCUGAGAUCACCUCGGAGGAGCAGAGGAAGCGCUACAAAGGGGAGUUUGACGCAGACCGGGCCCACUACAAGAGGCUCUGCGCCGAGAUGGACGACAUCGGCGCGCAGAUCCACGAGCUGGGCCAGGAGCUUGACCUACUGCAGGAGGGCUCAAUCAAGUACCAGGGUGUCGCAGAUGAAUACAACCGAAUGAAGGACCUUAAAACUUCGCCAAACUAUCAAGGAAAGAAAAAACGUACCAAAGAACUGAGUCAAAAACUCUCCCAUCUAAAGCGGCUAGUAAAGAACUUUGACCUUCACGUUUGAGGAACCGGCUACGCUCGAAGACACAGCAGAAGGCGGAAAUGAGGGUGACUGCAAAUGUUCUUUUUUGAUGGUGAACUCUGUAAAUUACUUUGGAAUUCAUCGGUUUUGCCGAAGCUCAAUAGCUUUGAACUGUUGUGAGUUCCCAUUAUAAACCCCAUUAAUAGCAACAGACAUUCCAGAACGUACCAGUGGAAACCGAAAUGCAAAUGUAAGGCAGAAACUUACUUAAUGUGUAGGAGGCCUCCCUCAAGCCUGAUACUACUGCAAAGGGUUUAGCUUUUUGGAGAAGCAGAAUAACAAAAUGCUAAGUUUAUUGGAAAAUGUAAUGUCAAAGAAAACAUGAAACUCACGAGUCUACCUCUACUGCCCUGGGCCACAUAAGUGAUAUUUUGUGUUCUUAAUACUUUGCAAGUGCAGAUUAAUGGAAAACACAAAGCACGUGAUGUUUUGAAUCUUUAAUAAUGCUUUCAUACACUUAAAAUUUUAAAACUAGAGAACUAAGAACCCAAAGAUAUAGGAAAACAUUAAUUGUACAUCUUGUUUUUUUCCUCAGGGGAUUUAGAGUAAAACAAAUCAAAAUCAAAAUGCAAUAAAGGGUAUUGCCGAGAA